AUGGCUCCUAUCGUGCACUGUGUGCGACAUGGUCAGGCCGAGCACAACAAAGGCGGCGAGGCUUACUUCAUCCGCGAUCCGCAUCUGACCGAAGCCGGAGUGGCAGAGUGUCGAGCACUCGAAUCCAGAUUUCCAUUCCAGUCCUCGAUCGACCUGAUCGUCUCGUCCCCGCUGCGGCGGGCACUGGAGACUGCGCUCUGCUCAUUUCAGCCAGCGAUCGCCCGAGGAGUCAAGAUCGUCGCGUUGCCAGAGCUGCAGGAAACAAGCGACGUUCCCUGCGACACUGGGAGUGACGUUUCUGACCUGGAACGGGAAUUCUCCGACAAGCAGGGACCGUUGGGGCCGGUGAUCGAUCUGAGUUUGCUAGAUAAAGACUGGAACACCAAGAAAGGCAAAUGGGCACCAUCCUCCAACGCCCUCCUCGCGCGCGCCAGGGCAGCAAGACAAUGGCUGAAGGCCCGACCGGAGAAGGAGAUUGCAGUCGUAUCUCAUGGGGGAUUUCUCCAUUACCUCACCAAUGACUGGACGGGCAUUGGGGCUGCUGAGCAUGCCAGCGCCUGGGAGAACUGUGACUUCCGGACAUAUGUGUUCAGCACCGACGACGCUGACGAGGACGCGGUGCUGAUGGAAACAGAACAGUCCAGGGUGGCCAGAGGGGCGGCCGGUAGGAUCCCCUCCAAAGAAGAGCAAGAGUCACUCUAUCUGAAGACGAUGCAGAUGUGGGAGGAUCGAGGCUUCCAGAACCCGCUGAAGCUGAAUGAAAAGUUCGAAGAACCGGCAGCAAAUUAG